AUGCUGGUUCUGCAUGAAGUUCCAGGCCGCCGGGCAGUUACUCGCAGGCGCAGCGCGCCUGCACGCCCCUCUGCCUGUGAUGGCCUGCCAGACGUGCUGCUGGCCCGCAUCCUGGCGCUGGCGGGGAGGGGCGAGUGGCGCACGGUCACGUGCGUGUGCAAGUGCUGGGAGCGCCUCUUCUUUUGGGAGCCCUCCCUGUGGCGCACCUUUGACCUGGUGCCACCCAGCGACUCCCCAUUGCAUCAGGGGGAGGAGGUGGAGCGCGCCUGGUAUGCGGCACAGCAGCGCACCCUGGCGCGCGUGGCGGCCCACGUGGAGGUGUUCACCGCAGGCAACCCGCAGUACUGCAUGGCGGACCCUGCCCAGGGCGCUCCAGACCAACGCAUCGUGCUGGAGGAGUUCCUGGCGCUGCUGCAGCCGGGCGUGCUGCGCCAGGCGGAGCUGUGGUGGGAGCUGGUGCCUGACCAUGCGGCGGCGCUGCAGCCCUUCCGGCGGCUGGAGUCGUUGCUGCUCAACCAACAGAACUUCAUGCCGGAAGAGGUGGUGGCGCAGUGGAGCCAGCUGCCAGCGUUGCGCAACCUGGAGCUGCAUUCUAGUGGUUUGGGGGAGGACGAAUGGGAGGCCAUUCUGGAGCUGACUCAGCUGACCCGCCUGGCAGUGGAGACCUUUCACGUGAUUACCUCGGGCUUCUCCGAGCAGCAGGCGCAGCUGCCGCAGCUCACGCGGCUGCAGCACCUGCGGGAGCUGGCAAUCACACACCGGCCCGUCGUUUUCUACAUUGAGAUGGCUGCCUAUGAUCAAAUGGACGGGGGCGUGGUGGGCGUCCCGUCGCUCAGCGGGUUCCCAUCCCUCCAAAAGUACCAGUUCCACCUGCGGCCCGAUCAUUGGAUCCACUGGGACUUCAGGGUUGGUGGCACCUCGUUGUCGAUGUGCAGCUACAACGGCAAGGGACAACUACAAAUUGCCUACAUCCGCAGUCUGGAAUCCCUGCACCAGCUGGUUGCGGCGCUUCUGCCAGCGGGCAAGCCGCUGCCAAGCCUGCAUCUCCACAGCGUGCUGGGAUGCGAGCCCGGCGCCUUGCAGGGCUGCACUGCUCUAGCCCAGGUCCACUCGUUGCUGCUCGUGGUAGCCAGGCGAGGCCUGGAGCACCUGGUGCUGACCAACAACAACCUGCACAACAUCCCGCCCGGCCCAUACCUGCAAGAUCUCCGGUGCCUUGAUCUGGGCAAUAAUUCGAUCGCCACUCUGCCUGCUGCGCUGUCGGCGGCCACCUCGCUCACCCGCCUGGAGCUGGAUGGCAACCCUGCGCUGGCGCUGAGCGCCAGUGAUGUGGACAUCCUCUCUGUCCUGCCAUACCUCCGCAUCCUCGUCAUGAAGCGUGACAACACCCCGACACGGGUGCUGCGGUCCCUGUACCGCAGAAUGCCGGCCCUGGGGUUUGGCUGA